AUCGCCCAUCUCUACAAAGUGCAGCUGCAGCGCAGGGCCAGGUAGAAGGUAAACAAAUAAAAUGCAUUCUGCUAUCGUGACAUAUUUUCCAUAAUGUGCUAAUGUUUACUACUGUAAAUUAAAUGUAAAUGAUCUAAACGUGUUUAAAGGACAGUGAGAAAUAAAUUAAGUGAUUAAUGCUAAGAAAUUAGAUAAGAUAUAGGAAAAUUUAACUUUCAGUAUGUUAUUGUACCAAGUAAAAGAAGUUCUGUUCAAAUUCUAUCGAGAUGAUGUGGCCAGAAUCGUAGCCCUGGUAAUCUUGGCACUGUCCGUUGUCGUCGGAUGCUAUGUGAGCUCUCUGCUAGGCUUCACAAUCUUUCUGUUCUUCAUCAAUGGCUGUGUUGUGGCAGUAUUCACGUUGAACCACAAGGACCGAGUCAGUCGCUAUCUACAGAAAGUGAAGGACUUCUUUGGUUACAAAGAUUACGAUCAGCAUGCCGCUUUGCCAUGCGACGUGUGUGGGCAUGAAAAAUGUCCUCGUCACAAUCGCAAUGCGUUGGUCCAUGAGCCAUGGAGAGGAUUUCUCAUCGAUCCAACGCUAGACGAAAGCAUUGACCGUUUUUUCUCACACAUCAUAGAUAAUUUCAUUAGCAGUUGGUACUCGCAGAUAGCACCGGACGAAGAAUUUGUCCUCAACAUUAAGACUAACAUGCGAGAUGCCCUUUGCAGGUUGCUACUCCGUGCAAAACAGUUGGAUGCCCCAACCGUAAUUAGUAACCGCCUGUUGCCAACAUUUUUUAUACACUAUGAGAUUAUCGCUAAAAUGUUGAUAGUAGAUGGCGUUCCGAUGGAUCGAUUAGCCAAAACUUUUCUCAUUGAUGAGUAUCCAAUUCAUCCGGCAGUACUAAACCGCCAAGCUGAGCUCAACUACCUGCGAGGAGUCGCUAAAGUUAUGAUACCACGCCUGUUUACACCGGAAAAUGCAGGCUGUAAAAUAUUUUUUAAUUUAAUCAAAGAGCUGCUGACGUUCUGGGUACUGUUGCCAUUGCUGGAUGUGAUUUCUGAUCCGAAUUUAUUCAAUUUGCUGAUCAUCGCAGCCACCGAUAAGCGAUCAAAAGAGCUUCGGAAAGUUACCAAGCAGAAUACGGCGAAAGUUGAAAUUUUGAAAGAUUUCAUAGAACGCAGUCGUGAAAAGGUGAACUGCGAUGUCGAAGAAAUCCCCGGAGAUGAGGAUAUUUUAAAUGAUCAAAAUAAGCUCUACUAUUUCAUGCAGUUUUUAAUUAAAGAGGGAGCUGUAGAAUGGCUGCGUUUCUAUUUAGAUGUCGACAUUCUAAACAAAGAACUUGAGGAUCCACACAUCACAACCGAUCCGACCAAACUGUCCUCGCUGCACCAGCAGUCAGAGAAGCUUCUGCAGAUGUACCAAAGCAUGAUGAAAUCUGAACGAGAGACGUCUGUUGCCACCACGCUGAACGAAGCCCACGAGCGGGUAAAGGAAAAACUAGAAGCAAAGUGGCGCACACAUUUCAGUAAAACUUCGGAAUACUUUGAACUUGUUUACGGUACGCGGGAAAUUAGGGACAAUUCGGACAAGAAAUCGAAUGAUACUGCGGGUGGCGGGGGUACGAAGCUAAGCUCCAAAUUCAAAGAAGUCAUCAGGGGAGCAGUGGAUGGAGCCCCGAUUGAGGCAACCGAAGCGCCGACCGUUUGGGAUGCGCUGAAUGAUGCCCAGGCAAUCCCUAGUAACAACAUUUACAGUUCGAUGACACAAAAACUGCGCAAAGAGAAGGGCCAAAGUUUGGACGCUUUUAUGGUUACCUUCAUGCACUCAAUUGAGCAAAGUCCUGAUAUUGGAGAAGAUGUGAUUCAGUUCAAAGAGAUAGUGAAAAAGAAACACAAAACUCCCGGUCAAAGUCUUGUUUUCGGAGAUUUAUUCGAACUGAAGAAGGGUUCGAAGAAUACUCAUACCACAACCCUGCUGUCGCACAGCGUGCGUGGUCCCUCUCAGUGCUUAAUUUACAUACUGGUAAAAAUCCUUAAUGCGCCCUUCAUGAUUGUACGACUUGCGUUAGCAUUCUGCUGUGUUUCUCGGCGGACCGUUGACACGCUUAUUCAUAACGCGAUUGCUCGAUUGUUGCGAGCUGGACUAAAGGAAACCAGACUGGCCGUUCUUAUCAAUCUUCUUCGGGAGGUUGUUUUUCUCAAGAAGCUACCGGAGCCGACACCGGCUGAGCUACUCCGGCGGCAACAGGAUGCACGAAAACGCCUCGAUGAGCUGCGAUCCGGUCUGGGGAUUGUGGCCGACGUAUUACAAUCGCCCGCCUUGAAUAAGCAUCUGGCGUACUGCUUGUUUGAUAUCAUCCUGGGGGAGAUGUAUCCGGAAUUCGAAAGUCCUGCUGUUUGGAAAGAAUAAAGUUGAAUAACGAUGCAGAUGUGCUGAGAAUGA